AUGACUGGUGUUCGAGAGGCCUUGGACCGCGCGCGGAACAGCAACGACGGCCCUAUUGACUCCCAGACGAGCGCCAUACUCGAGGCAGCGAUCCAGGAACUCUGGAACAAGAUACAGGCACAGCCCAACAGCUAUGUCUUGACUCCGGACGAAUUCGCGCUUUUCAACUAUUUUCGAAAGCGCUUCGGCAGUUCCGCUGUUGCUCGAAAGGCCGUCGAACGGUACUGGAACAGCUUUCAUGGAGAUGCCGCUAGCGUUCAAGGGAACUGCACCGCAUGA